GUACUUCAAUUUGGAAUCGAAGUACUGUACUGUACACAUAGAGUUGUGUAAUACCUGUAAUCUUUUCUUGACACUUCAGCAUGAACCCUUUGGACACUAGGACCAUGUGGAAACGCAACACUGAGGUCCUCCCUGCAACCAUGGGAAGGAGGAGAGGAGGGGGAGAGAGGAGAGUGGGCUGCCUGCCUGGUGUCUUUGCUCACAUUCCCAUCAGCAUCUUUUGGACGGAACCACGUCUGUAGUCAACCAGGAUGCACAAAGCAGAAGAAGGGACGAAGGGGGCUGCGUUCAUCGCAGGUACAUGACGCUACUUGAGUGGGAGAUGCACCACAUUGUCAUCCUUCAAACCCUAAGCAGCAGUGUGAGGAAAUAUUCUUAUUCAGGGGUGCUAGUGAGCGCUGGCAGAAGUGAGGAUUUUGUAAAUGAAAAGGAUUGUUAGAAACCAUCAGACCAGCCUCACAACUGCAGGGCAGCUCCCUACCUAAUUCCCAAGCCUCUAUCCUCUGACCGUACUUCCUGGCUGUGAAGGAUGGGUGAUGGGCCAGUGACGGACCCUGCCUGCCCGCCUCGUCCCAACCUCCAAUGGAGUCAGCGUGGAACUCCUCCCACCAGCCUCCGCAGCCCCCGUCCAACAUGUCUACCUCCGCUCUGGCUGAGGGCUGGCCUCCGUCCCAGUGGCUAGCCCUGGCGGCCAUGCUGCUCAUGGAUCUGCUCGCCGUGGUGGGCAACGUGGCCAUCAUGGCGGUUAUCGCCAAGGUCCCGCAGCUCCACAAGUUUGCCUUUGUCUUCCACCUGUGCUUGGUGGACCUGCUGGCGGCCUUGGUGCUGAUGCCCCUCGGCAUGGUCUCCAGUCGAGCCUUUUUCGGGGAGGCCCUGUGCCGGAGUUACCUCUUUCUCAGCGUGUUCCUGGUCAGCGCCGCCAUCCUCUCCAUCUCGGUCAUCAACGUGGAGCGCUAUUAUUAUAUUAUACACCCCAUGCGUUACGAGGUGAAGAUGACCGUCGGCCUGGUAGCUUCAGUACUAGUGGGGAUAUGGGUCAAAGCCUUGGCCAUGUCCGCUUUGCCACUGCUCGCCUGGGUCCUGCAAGGCGCGAGGACUCCUCUUCUGGAGGGUAGCGGGGGAGGUGGGGGUAUCCCAUCUCCCCCAGUUCAGGGUCAGAGGCGCUGCUCGCUCCACUGGUCGGGGGGCGGCUCGAACCGUCUGGCGUUCAUGGUCCUCUUCACGCUGCUUUACUUCCUCUGUCCGCUGCUGGUCAUUUUCGUUGUGUACUGCAACAUGUUCAAAGUGGCUCGGGUAGCCGCCAUGCACCACGGGCCUCUACCCACUUGGACAGACACGCCCCGUCGUCAGAGAUCGGAGUCGCUCAGUAGCCGGUCCACGAUGGUUACCAGCUCUGGGACGGGGACUGGGACCGGAAGGGAGACCACGGCGCGGCCAUUUGGAGGAGGGAAGGCGGCAGCGGUGUUGGCGGCUAUAGGCGGCCAAUUUCUGUGUUGCUGGUUGCCCUACUUUGCUUUCCACCUGCAUUCUGCCCUGGCUGCCAGCCCUCCAGCUGCACUGGCGUCUCUGGAGGAGGCAGUCACCUGGAUUGGCUACUUCUGCUUCACCUCCAACCCCUUCUUCUACGGCUGUCUCAACAGACAGAUCCGGGAGGAGCUGGGCAAACAUCUGCCGUGCCUGUUUCGCCGAGCGGGGCUCGAGGUGGAGGACGGGCUGCCCAGCCGCGAAGGCUCCAUAGAGGAAAAUUUCCUCCAGUUUCUUCAGGGCACCGGCUGCAACUUGGAACCUCAGAACUCGCACAGCACCUCCAGUCCGAAGGGGGAAGCCUGCCGCCCCCUGGCUCAGUCCCAAGCAUCUGAGCCAGUACAUCCACUACCUGUUGAUUUUCGUAUACCCGGACAAAUUGCAGAGGAGACCUUUGAAUUUAUCGAGACAGAUCAGGUGAAAAACAACCACAUAGAAAUAGACACUUAAGUCUUUUUAAAAAAAAUUAUUGAAAAUGAAGUGUUCAGGGGUAAUUGUAUUGAAGACAUUAUGAAAGUUGUUCGUAACAUGCCAUAACUUUAUUGUUAAAUGAGCGCAAAUAGGAGAUGCAUAUAAUAUUUUGCAUAUUCUUACAAAUACGUAAAUGUUCAGUUUUGAUUGUCACAGACAGAGAGGUUUGCCUCGUAUAGUAUUUUGGUUACCUCAAAAUAUUAGCUGUGAGUUUAAUAAUAAUAACGUAUUUUAUUGAUACACUGCAGUUUUCACCACUGCAACCUAGCAUAUUGUUAUAUGAAUACCUCGCUGACUGUGUCUGAGCAUUAUCUUUGCAACAACAGGAGUUGUGAAACAGGUCUUGAAUUAGCUGUCCUUAAAGUCCCUGUAAAGUGAAACUGUCUUCUCAGUUUGACACACCACAGAGAAGACUGUUGUUAAAGACUGCGAAAUUUCAAUGAUUAAAAAAAAUCAAUAAGUAUCUAAAAUGAGGCUUCAAAAUCGAGAAAAAUCAAGCCCUUCUCACUCCUCUGGAAUGCUUUGGGCGUGUCCGCUGAAUGGGCUUAAUGCACUGAAACCACAUACUGGUCAACUGUCAAUCAAAUACCACUGCUACAACCUGGAAAAUUGGAUGUUACAUCCUCUACUAUCUUUCUUAUCCCCACACAAAACUACAUUUUAGAUGUGAAAAUAUAUCCGCUUAUAGCCUUCUGUGGCUGGAAUUUAUCCCCCUUUUCCAUACCACGACAACGAAGCGCUCUGAAGCGGACACUCUAGCAUCAAGCCCUGUCUCCAUGCUGGCUGUCACGUCGGAUUUAUUUUUUUCUUUUGCCUCACUCUUCCGUCUUCUCUCCGUGACGUGCGUGCACUCAUGGCCGACAACAAGGCGCUCUAAAGCGGCCACGCCAACAGACUAUCUGAAGGGAAGCUGCAUUUUCCGGGUGUAGGCCUAACCAUCUUGCUAACUGCACAUCACAAUUGUGCCGGAAAACCGCUGAUGCGAAUGUUUCGCUUCAGUUCUUACAUAGUGGGUGAGGGGAGACUCAUACUGGACUCUAAAGUGGGUCACGUGCUGCUGUUUUAGCCAUGCCCAAAAAAAUCAGGAGAACUGAAAUGGUGAAAACCAGUUUAUAGCUGUAGCUCCACAGCUUUGUAUGCCAUAGUUUUCAGCAAUUAUCUUCAAACAUGUAUUACUGUAUGUAUUUAGAAACUCUGAUUCACUUUACAGGGUCUUUAAAAUGUGCAUGGGAACCUAAUGUCGUGGCCAGUCGACAUAAUUCUCUAUAUUGCACUUUGCCUUAUUAGUUUUCCUCAAAAUUUUUGAAAAUGUGUGAAAAUUAGGACAUAUAUUCAAACAAAGGAGUUAGACAAGAAUUUAACCUUUUUAAAAGUUUAAGUAUAGGGAAAUGAAUUUAAAUAGUUGCAAAAAAAGGCUGCAUUUCUGCUGAACUUUCAGUUCUGUACAGUGAAUGACAACAAUCUUUGAAAAUCAUUUUUACCUUAUGCUGGUUAUCAAACCAGAUAUCAAGCGGAGAUGUUUGCCUUUAAUCACUAGCUUUGUCUCAAUGGAUUACUCAGUUAUUGUGCCGUGAUCUUCUGCCUUUCACAAAUGAAAUCACAAAUGAAGACUACACGCUUUGGUUCAAAUGUAGUAUUUUUUUUUCUCCCACUGAUGAGUCUGACAAUUGGGAUUACAUCAAUAAUAAAGCCUCUCUAAAUUUCUUCUAAUCAGCCUGGCACAUAUUGUGCAACCCACUUCUCAUGGAAAUGCUAGUUUACUGUUUUGUUGUUUAUUUGAUUUAAUUUCUAUCAGUGAGCCAGACUUGUUCUGACUUGAAGCUGACGCGAGAACUUAUAUUGCUUGAGGACAUAUUAGAAAUCUAUACUAUCUUGAUGCACAGCAUUUGAUCAGUAUUGUUGCAUUAUUUUCAAAUGUUUCACCUGCUAAUUUAUGUUUGGUAGACUUGUGAGUGUGGUUUGUGUGUGUACUGUACCGCUUUACACAACCUCUUAUUUUUUUAUUUGUGAGUGUUAAGUACAUGUUUUGAAUUUGAUUGCAAGGAGCCUGGAAUGUUUUGACCAGCUGCUGCCUUCUUUGUGAGUCGUGGAGAUUGUCAUCAUGGAGGAGAAACGUAGUUAGUUUCUUUCUUUUGCCUCAUCAGGUUUUCUGUACAUGAUAAACCUUGAAUUAUGAUAACUACAUGAAGAAAUGAUUGAAAUAGCAGUUGCUUUACUAACAUGGAUACAGGGUUACUAAAAUAUUCUGUUAUUUUGGAAUGAGAGAGCUAAAAUUGGAAAUGAUGUUCAUCAUGUAUAAAUAUCCCAAAUUGUGAAUGAUGUGGAACGUUUUCAAUAGGGGGUUAAUUUAUUUCUUUUUUUUUUAUUAUUGUCUUUAAAAUGAAAGAAUAGCUUGCAUGUGUGUAGAACAUACACAGCUAAAAGUUCAGUGAGAGCUAGGGUUGUAAUAAAGAGUUUCUAUGUUUUUAAAAGAA